CAACAUCCGGGCAAUACUCAGCUUACACAGAAACGGAAUGGCGGAGGUGGGUGAAAAGCCCCUGAAGAGAAGUGUGCAUGUCGUGGUCUAGUGGAGAGAGGAUGAGGAACUGUGAGGAAGACCCUCAGCAGGAGAAGCGGAAGUGUUAACCAGCCUUAGAGGAGUUUCAGAGGACGUUCGCCCCAUGAAGAUGGCCGCACAGUCCCACACUGUACGCUCAAGUUCAGCCAUCUACACUAAAGCUGGGGAGCUUCCUCUGGUGGAGCUGCUGGCUCUGUACGGCUACACCAUGUCAGACCCAGAGAAGGAGACCUGUCACAUGACUGCCAGCCUGCCAGGCAUGACACUGGACAAGGAUCAGAUUACCGAGGAUCUCUUUCCUGGGGAGGAGGAGGAGUCGUCAGCUGGUUAUCUCACCCCCUCCGUCACCUCAAACACCUCAGAUCUGCUCCGCCGCCUGCAAGGUGGAGACAAAGACACAUUAGUCAGCUCCUCAGAAGAAGACUUGGAUGAUGCCUUUAUUCCCUCCAAAGAAGAGCACAAGGAGAUCAUGGUUGGCUCUAUGUACCAGGCCAAAAUCCUUCCACUCAGUUCAUGUACCAACCAGGAGAGAGCCUGCAGCGGGGAGGACCAGUUGUUGUGGAAGCCGGGCGUUCUGCCGGAACAGGAAGUGGAAGAAUUUUUGCUUAAUGCACAGAGGCCGUUUAACCAGGAGGGGGCAGCAUGCACACAAACACAAGGACACACUGUGCGGGACAACCAACAGGCUCUGUACGAACUAGUGAAAUGCAACUUCAAUGCAGAAGAGGCACUGAGACGAGUAAGCUUCAAUGUGAAAGUGUUCAGUGAAGAGCUUUGUGCCUGGAGCGAGGAGGAGUGCAGGAGCUUCGAGCACGGCUAUCGGGUUUACGGGAAAAACUUCAACCUCAUCCAGGGGAAUAAGGUACGAACGCGCUCCGUUGGCGAGUGUGUGCAGUAUUACUACAUGUGGAAGAAGUCUGAGCGCCACGAGUACUUCACCCAGCAGACGACCAGGCUGAGCCGCAAGAAGUUCAGCCUGCAGUCAGGGAGCAUAGAGGAUGGAGAGCAGGACGGGGAGGGUGGGGAGGUGGAGGGAAGCAACUCCUCCUCAGGCUUGUCGUCUCGGGGCUCCACGCGGCAGCUGGAGUCCCCGGUCCCUCCACAGUCCAGCCUGGAACUGGACAAACAAGACGGUGCUCUGGUGUCAGACCUGUGUGGAGACGGAUGUCCUCAGUUCGGCUGUCCCUUCUCCCUCCUGCCUCUGGACGAUCUGCGGGACCCCGGCUCCGGCAGUUGUUGUCCCUCAGCUCAGCUCCAGCCCCCCCCUCAGUGGAGCCCUCCGUCCCGCCACGAGGACCCCCGUCUCUCCGGCCCCUGUUUCUACCAGCUGCAUAUGUGUGGUGGACCUUUUGUCUCUGAGGACGGAGAUGCAGCGGGCGGAGGGACGCCCCCCCCCCACGGGCUGCAGGUGGAGUUCAGCCUCCCCUCUGCCUCCCCCCCCUCCUCCUCUGUCCUCCCAUCACACUUCCAAACACUUGGCGCCCUGCUGCACUCCUCCCCCGUCCAGCACCCCCCCCCCCUCUCACACAGUGAUGGGACAUGGGGAAACUGAGUGGUACUCUUCAUGAGAUGUUUGCUGGUGUUUACUCGCACCGGACGUUGAGAAACCAGGACACAAAGUGCAUUUUCUUAACUUUGAUAACAAGGAUGGAACUCCUAAGCUGACACACUUGAACCCUCUUUCCAUCGUGGAAGGACAAGUGUUAAUCACUCCUUCAGGUGUCGAUGAUGUGUUUAUGAACUGUUUGUUACAACAACCUGCACCAGGGCAGAUACAUUGAUUAUGUAUAAAUGUGAAGCACAGUGCAGGUGAUGAACUGCAGUGGCUAGCAGUCAUUUCUUAAACAGAUCAAUUAUUUACAAUGUUAACCACUGUUUCUUUGUUUUCUUAUUUAUCAGGGUGGAACAGUUUAACUGCAGCUCAGAUUUAUUUUUAGAUUUGUUUUGCAUAUUUUUCAACAGUUUUGCAGCCGGUUGAGAUCUUCCUCUGGAAAUAUGAGUAUGGAGUCAAAUGUGUCCCUUCAAAACUAAAUAAUUUAUUUAAACCUUUUGUUUGAACGUCACCUUUAAUAAGUCUGUAACUAGCUCUCCCUCUUCUGUCCCUGAUGUUGAUAAUGUCUGUAUUUCCAACCUCCUCCACUCCACCUGUCUGAACAACAUUUGGCACAACAGUCAAUCUAAUCAAUUUUGUUUUAUAUACGAAAAGCUUAAACCAGAUGCUUCAUAUUUUUCCGGAUCUAUUUUUUAUUUCUGAUUUGUUGAAUUUUUCAUCCUUUGAAGAAUGAAAUUGAGAUUUAUAAA